UUGGCGGUGGGCGGAGGGGCGGCGGCCGUGCACCCGGAAGAGCGGUCCGCGGAGCUAAGACGCCGGGCGGCGGCUGGGGGCCGACAUGGACAAGCUGAAGAAGGUGCUGAGCGGCCAGGACACCGAGGACCGCAGCGGUCUAUCCGAGGUUGUGGAGGCAUCAUCGCUGAGCUGGGGCACCAGAAUAAAAGGCUUCAUCGCAUGUUUUGCGAUAGGAAUCCUCUGCUCACUGCUGGGUACUUUUCUGCUGUGGGUGCCCGCGAAAGGACUGAGCCUCUUUGCAGUGUUUUACACCCUGGGUAACAUGGCAUCAAUUGGGAGUACCGUCUUCCUCAUGGGGCCAUUGAAGCAGCUGAAGCGCAUGUUUGAGCCUACGCGUCUGAUUGCCACAAUCCUGGUGCUGUUGUGUUUUGCACUUACCCUGUGUUCUGCCUUUUGGUGGCAUAAAAAGGCACUAGCGCUCAUCUUCUGCAUUUUGCAGUCUUUGGCCUUGACAUGGUAUAGCCUUUCCUUCAUACCAUAUGCAAGGGAUGCUGUGAAGAAGUGCUUUGCUGUGUGUCUCACAUAAUGCAAGGCAGUCUGCAGAGAGCGCCGUGGGCGGAAGCUGGUGGGCAGUGUUGUAAAUGCCCUCUGGACUCUGUCUCGCAGACCGUGCCUUUCACUUGCAGCACCGUGUUGUUUGCAGUUUGGACAUUUUUGAGGGUUGCCCAUGGGAGCAGUCAUGAACCCUAAACCCCAGUGUCUGUAGCACAGUGUGAGGUUCUGUGGCUAGUGUAGGGGACUCUUCCUCGUGACCGUUUUCCUCUCUGGAUGGCAUCCCACCAAGUUCUCGCAGAUCAGACUUUGUUUAAUAGCAGCAGAUAAGCAGAUAAGCAGAUAAGAGCCACUGAUUCCCUGGCGGCGGCAGGAAGGCCUAGCAGAGAUUAGGGGUUCAGCAGGAAGGGCAGAAUUUUGAAGAUUUGCCCCUCACCAAGGAAACAAUUGUCACUGCCUCACACAGCAUUUUUCCUGGUGUUUCUGCCCUUCCUACAACCUUGGAGAGCCUGUCCCGGGCACACUACCCUUCCUGUGGACUGCACCGUCUUGUUCAAUCACAACUGGCUAUGGAAUGUCUUUUCUAGUGUUGAGUGUGGAUUCUUUCUCUUGCCCUCCCCCUCCCAUGUCUCUUGUCUUGUGACCUUGGGACACUCAAGUAGUGGCCUAAAGAACUAUUUGCUUUUGGACAAGAGCCACCAGAAAGUGAAAAACCUUCAUGUUCCCUGCUCUGUUUAUUUAUCUUCAUUAUUUAUAAAUGUUUACUUUCAUUGA